AGAAAAGCGUUCCGGGCGGCGCCCACCCGCCACAGUUCCGGGAGUGGCGAGGAGCGAGAGUCAGACGUCGUCGUCAGGUGCGUGCAGUGUCUGCUGCCGGAGUCCUGCCAUGUGUGCGGUGCUCCGCCAACCCAAGAGCGUCAAGUUGCGAGCCCUACACAGCGAGUGCAAGUUCGGCUUAGCGGCCCGGAGCUGCCAGGAGCUACUGCACAAGGGUUGCGUCCGCUUCCAGCUCCCGGUGUCCGGCUCCCGGCUGUGCUUGUACGAAGAUGGCACGGAGGUGACUGAUGACUAUUUCCCGGGGCUCCCCAAUGACGCCGAACUCCUGCUGCUCACUGCUGGACAGACCUGGCAGGGCUAUGUGAGUGACAUCACCCGCUUCCUCAGUGUGUUUAAUGAGCAACAUGCUGGGGUCAUCCGGGCUGCGCAGCAACUGCUGUCACAUGAACAGGACCCACUGAGGCAGAAGCUGCUGGCUGACCUUCUGCAUCAUGUCAACCAGAACAUCACUGCUGAGACCCGGGAGCAGGACCCAUCCUGGUUUGAAGGUUUGGAGUCUCGAUUCAGGAAUAAGUCUGGCUACCUGAGAUAUAGCUGUGAGAGCAGGAUCCGGGGCUACCUGAGAGAGACACGAAUGCCAGUGAGGUGCAGAGUGGAAGGAAGACCCGCUAUGGUGGAUGGGACCUGCCCAUACCGAGAGCUAUGGUGGAUGGGACCUGCCCAUACCGAGAGCUAUGGUGGAUGGGACCUCCUAAUGGGAGCAUUGUUGAUUCCACUUCACGGCCCCCGGAAUGGCCAUGAUGUGAUAGCUGAGCAGUGGUCAGACACUCUGACUGUAGAACUAGGCGUAGGCUGGCUCCUGACAGCCGAUGUGUGGCGUAGGUUGGUGAUUGAAUGCAGGCUUUCGGGCAUGGGCAGGCCACAGGCAGGCCACGGGCUCAGCGAUGCCUCUGGCUCACUCUCACAGGGCAGAAUAGAGAAGAAGCGCACUGUGGUACCCACGCUGGUGGAAGCCGUCCAGGAUGGGAGGGAGGUGAACUGGGAGUACUUCUACAGCCUGCUCUUCACGGCCAAGAACCUGAAGCUAGUGCACAUCGCCUGCCACAAGAAGACCACACACAAGCUGCAGUGUGACCGGAGUAAGAUCUACCGGCCCCAGGCAGGAUCCAAGAAGAAGCGGCCUGCUCGCAAGCGCCCGCCAGUGACACACGCCAGGCCCUCUGGGGUGAUGCAGUGGUGAUGGGGCUAUUACCACCA